UAUUGACAAGCACCUAUAAUAAUGCCAACUUUAGAAGAUGAAGAUUAUUUUAUGGUUCAAAUAAAUGAAAGAAAUGAAAAAAGUCUUAUUCCAUUAAUGGAAGAUGUUGCGGAAUGGUUGUCGACAUACAUUUGUUUAGAUAUAAAUGUAAAUAACUUUUUAGAUAUGUUAGAUGAUGGGGUAGCCUUAUGCAUGCUCGCUAUAAAAAUUCAAAAACUUUCUAAAGAAAGUAAAGUAAAAAGCAAGAUUUUAUCUAAUGAAGCAUAUAUCAUUCCAGAAGUUUUACCCCCCUUUGAAUUUAAUUUUCAUCAUCAAGUUAAAAAAAAAUCAUUUUUUGCUCGUGAGAAUGCUGAGAAUUUUUUAAAAUGGUGUCGUAAGAUUGGUAUUAGAGAUUCAACUUUAUUUGUUUCAGAGGAUCUUGUUUUACAUAAGCAAACUAAAAAUAUUAUUUUAACACUUUUGGAACUUGGCAGAAUCGUACAUCGGUAUGGUAUUGAAGUAGUUCCCUCUAUUGUGAACUUAGAAAUAGAAAUAGAAGAAGAAAAUCAAAACAGUUUUGAUUGGAUGCGAAAUGUUACGAUUCGCAAAAAGAAAAGAUGUAAAACUUUAGACCUCGAUGCAAAGGUGCAGCGCUGUGCCAGAAAAUACAAUGUUGCUGUCGAAAAAAUUUCUGAAGGAAAAUAUCUGAUUAAUAAAAAACUGUCUGUUUUCAUAAGAACUUUGCGGAGUCACAUAAUGGUACGCGUUGGAGGAGGUUGGGAUGAGUUGGACAGUUUUUUAAAUCGCCAUAACCCUGAUAAACAAAGAUCUAAACUGUCUUUUAUUUCAGCUUGAUGAUUGUGAUGGAUUUGAAUAGAAGAUUUUGAAUUUGUUAUGUGUAUUACGUUUAAUGUGUUGCGUUUAAAAAUUUUGGCAGAGAUUUUAUACGGAAAAAAAAGAUUUCGAUUUUAAA